GAUUGGAACUGACGGCCCUCGCGGCCAAUGAGCGAGCGGCGCCGUGGAGCAGGCAGCCAUUGGGCGCGCGCGCAAGUGCGGAGGAUGCGUAGUAGCUAUAGGCGGCGCCGCCGCCGUAUUCAAGAGUCAGUAGCUUCGCGAGCGCCAUCGGUAGAGGAAUCUCCCGCGGCUCCUUCCGUGCUGCGGUCCGGCAGCCCAGUCUCGGCGCCUCCGGUCCGCCGCUCCGUCCGCGCAGCGGGCACGGCGGAGCCCAGAUGGUGGACCCGCGCUGUGCUCGGCUGCGCCUUCCUCCCGCCGCGCAGGCGCCGGCGGCACCGACCUUGCCCCCCGGCCUCGGAUCUCCUCGCGCCCGCUGGGCUCCCGGCGCCGCAAUCGCCGCUUCGCGCCUCUCCCGCGGCGGGCGGAGGACGGCAUUCGGCUCGGACUUGGAGCCGCCGCCGCGGCCGGACCUGCGCCCGUCCAGCUCGGCCGCUUCCAGCCUGGCGCCGUCGGGCGGCGCGACCGGGACCGCCGCCGCCGCCGCGGGGCAGCCGUGAAGGAGCAGCUCGUCCGCCGCAGCGCGUGGGGCAGCCUGUCUCCCGCCGACAGCAUCUCCGCAAGGCCGCCGAGAGCCCAGCCGGGAAGCGGCUCCCGCCACCGCGGAGCUGCGGCGGAGCGUCCAGAGCAAGCCCCGCUUCAGGGGUGAAGAAGACAGCGACGGCUCUGCGGGUCGGAAGGAAGAUUGGUGAUUUCAGUCUCCCCAAGCCCUCUGUCUGAUGUUUGAGGGAUUUUGGAUUGACCAAGGUUCUCCUGCCUUUUCAUGGUGAUGGGAGUGGUCGCCAGCAAGUGUCGCGUGUGUCAGUUCUGGAGUUCAGAAUUCCAAAACUAGUUGAUGGGGCCAAAAUCAAGGUGUUGGCAUGUCUGGUUCCAUGUGAAAACUCUGGAGGAGAACAUGCUUUUCCAGCUUCUAGAGGCUGCUCAUCUUCCAUGGCUCAUGGUCACAUCACCAAAACCUCUGCUUCUGUCAUCACAUGUGCUGUCUGACUCUGACCCUUCUGCCUCCCUCUUACAAGGUAAAUUUGUUAUUAUAUUGGACCCAGAUAAUCCAGAAUAAUCUCCCAUCUCAGGAUCCUUAAUUUAAUCAAAUCUAUAAAGUCACUUUUGCCAUGUAAGGUAGCAUAUUCACCAGUUCCAAAGAUUUGAACAUAGAUGUCUUUGAGGAGUCAUUUUUCAGCCAACUACAGUUGGGAAGAGGAUAGAGUUUUGCAUUGAUUCAAUUCUCUAUUGACAUUUCCAGACCAUUGCUGUGCAGAAGGCAUCAACAAAUUUUUCCAUAAAGGGCAGACAGUAAAUACUUUAGGCUUUGUAGGUCAAGAGGCAAAAUUCUGAGGAUAUUAUAUAGGUAGUUGUAAAACCACUUAAAAUGUAGCUAUUUUAAGAUGUAAAAACCAUUUUUAGUUUACAAGUGGUACAUAAACAGGUGGCAGGCUGGAUUCGGCACAUGGGCUGUAGAUUGCUAAAUUUUGUUCUACAGUCUCAUAAAAGAUUUCCUUAGAAGCUUGUGCCGUUCUGCUAAGUCACCUCUACUUUAACUUGCCUUUGUCACUUACAGAUCUCCUGGUCACUCUUCAAUACGCAUUGAUGAAUCACCCACCUGGAGAUGUAUCCAAAAAGUCAGAACAGCCUCUUGAGUCCUGGAUAUGCAAAAGCCUCAUUUGGCAAAGUAACAUUAGCAUCAUAAAGAGAGAAUAUGCAUCUGUUCAUGCAUCUCCUUUCUGUCUAAAGUUACUGAUUUGAAAAUGCAUUCUUUCCAUUCAAGGAAUUCACUUGAACAUAUCCAGAUAUUGCACAAGUGGCAACAGUUUUCCAUUCCAGAGACAUAUAUGAGAUUUGGUGUCAUAGCAUGGCAUAAUGCAUCAAAUACUCUCCAUGAAAAGAUGAGGGACCAUGGAUUAAAAACACAGAUUUUUAGGAGUACAAAGGAAAAGUUUUAGUUCAUCACCUGGUCUUUUCGACUAUGUGGAGCUGAUUGCAUUCUGAGUCUGAAUGGACUUAGAAAUAUGGGGUCUGGCCUCAGGCACAGAGAAAUCUUUCUUCUUAGCUCCUGGUGAGACAGGGACCGUGGGCGUAGACAGAAUAAGGUGAGGGCCUCUGGGAAAAGCAAGGCAAGAUAUUUACAGUCAGAGCAAUCUAACUACAUGCAAGGAAACCCCCUACCAAAACUCUGUUUUAAACAUUAAGCUCUAGUAUUCUUCGGUGAGAUCAGUUAAUAUUCCCCAGAUAAAGAAGAGUGCACAUGCUUUUUUUUUUUUUAAUUGAAAUUUUACAUUUAAUACUGUAGUGUCACACAUCAACUGGGAAAAUGCAGACUUUUUUUAAUACAAAGUGUUGGGACAAUUAAAUAACCAUUUGAAAAAUAUAAAUCUAUUUCUCACAUCAUACAUUAAAAUAAGCUCCAAAUGAUAUAGAUACAUAAAUAUUUUUAAAAAUACAUAUUAUCGAAAGAAAACAUAAGCAAGUCCUUCAUAAUUCAGAAGUGGGAAAUUUGGAAAAUCCUUUCUAAUGGUAGAGGAGCACUUUUCUGGGGAAUCUGGGAGGGAAUAUGUUUCUUGUCUUUUCCAGCUUUUAAAAGCUGUCCACAUUCCUUGGCUCGUAUCACUAAGACCUUCAUUUUGAACUUCAUGAAUCUUUCCCUCAGACUUUCACCUUCCUGCUCCCCUCUUAUAAGGACACUUGUGAUUAAACUGGAUAUAAUCCCUCCAUCUCAGGAUCUUUGAAGCACAUGCUUUUAUUAUGCUAAUCAUUUAUAAUCAUGUAUAAGAUUCACUUUAGCAUGCUAAAAGGCCCAGGCCUAUGUGCUGUCUUUCCUCCUUCAGAUCUGAUGAGGUGAUUCCUCAAACCGGGCAACUAAAUUAGAAAGUAAGCCCAGGCAUAAGCAACAUAGUAAAAGGCAAGAAAGAUUCCACCUUAAAGAUAAGAUUGCAUUUUAAUACCCAAGAAGUUAAGAAGUUAGAAAUUUUUAAGUUACUCUUUAGCAAACAAUACCUCAGCCCACCUUGGGGGUUGGGCAGGCAGCCUUGAUUAAUAUGCUCCCAGACCAAGAGCUAGUAUCUCAGGGAAAAAUCAUCAGAGCAGGAAGUUGCAUGUGUUAAGUUAAUUCUAAACAUUCAAGGUCCACUUAACAAGUCCACACACCUAAGCCUUUUUUCAUGUUCUCAAAAAUCCUCAACUGCCUAUAAAACCCCUGGACAACACACCACCCGGAUCUCUUGUCCCCUCCUGGCAUGAGCCAGGAGCUCUGUCCUUUCACUUCAUCUCUAAAUAAAAGCCUGUACCUUGCUCUCCUACCUUGAGUGUUUGUGAAGCUCAUUCUUCUGCUUCCUGAACAAGAAACCCGGCAUCACUGAGCAGGUUGGUUGCUUAUGUUCUUCAGAUGCAAGCCAGAGGUGCAGGUCCUUUUUAAUUUCAUUGUUGCCACUGUUAGGCCCAGAUCUCUACCUACUGCUGACAGAAAGAAUGCAAAGCAGAAUACAUAGCUAGGAAAGGAGACUCUCAGAUGGCAGUUUCCCCCUUCAGGGACUGAAUGAUGGUUUUUCCUAAAGAAAGGAAAUUUUAAAAUGCAUCUGGGGUCAAGCACUUCAGAUCAAUUGAGACCAAGAUGAUCUUGAAAGCAGAAAUAAUAAAAAGGAUAUAUGAUGUGUGACUAUUUUGGAGGCACAUGGGGCAUGCUCCCAGUGUUAAGCUUUAAAUGUUUCUUUUUAUUUGUUCAAGCCUGCAGGACUGGAAAAUUGGUAAUCACUGAGGUUCAGAACAGCCUCUAAUUUCAAGAAGGAACACCCAUUUUUUAAAACCUGCAGGAAUUUGUUAAGACUCUCGAUGUUGAUUGAACUUGGAAAGUGCACUCACAGUCCUACUACAUGGUCACAUCUGAGUUAAUGCAGAAGAUGGGGAGAGACUCUAAAGUUGAAAGAGACAAGGGAAUGAUUAACUAGUAGAAGAAAGAAUAAAUGAAGGCAGAUAAAGCAGACCUGCAUAAAUUUAAGAAAAUCACGUCUGUCGCCAGGCUUGGUGUCUCAGUGGAGCAGCACACUACAAUGAGUCCUAUUUCCCAUUCUCUGAGACUUUGUGUUACUUUAUUGCUUCAGAACUAUUUAAGGAGAAGCUACUGUGAGAUAGAUACUGCUUGCACACUAAGAGUGCUGAGGCAGGUGAGGUACAGGGCAGCUGUCAGGGGCCCAAAGAUGGGUGCGUAACAGCCACAUACAGUGUGAGCAUGCAAGGAGCAGUGAGGACACAUAGGAAUAUUUGACUCUGUCUGGAUAAGGUUAAGGAAGAUAUUCUUAUCCCAGGGUGAAAGAGCAAUUCUUAUCUUUAAAGCUUAAACAUAUUCAUGACUUCUUCAAAUCAACAAUUAGUAUAAAGUGAGGACAAGAUGCAGAUUUUCAAGAUGAGGGGAGACUAUCCAUCGCCUUGAAUUCAGGCUGAUACUUCUGGUGCUGUAUUUGUUUAAUGUUGAAUCCAGUAUUUAGGGCAAGGAUUUAAUGUAUCCUGAUCUGUAAAGAGUGAUUUGGGCUGGCAAACAAUGAAAAAACUAACACCCCUUUUCUGACCACAGUUUUCAAGAGGAGUCCAUUUUUCAAUUUGUGUUAUCUUAACAGAGGUUAAGAUAAUGAAGAAAUACAUAAAAAAUGAGGCUAAUUUUGCUCUUACCAAAGCUGAUUAGAAGAGGAAGUUUAGCUGCCUUUAUCAGAACUGCCACUCUGAUAAGAAUGACAC